AUGGCAUGCUUUUCUUCAAGCACCACCAAGGUUUCGCUCAAGUUCGGAGCUAAGGCGUUCGCGAGGAAUUGCUUGCCUGGCUACUUGCAUUCUGUGGUAUCUUUUCCUGUUUCUCGGACACUGGGUGGUCUUUGUUCUCCCAUCAGGGUGGAGAAUGAGAAUCGCGCCUAUGGUUCAAACCUGGCUGUUGAGGCUCUCAAGGGCAGACACCUCAACACAACACUCUCUUCGACUAAUGGCCACGUCAAGGUUCCUGAAGAGCGGGUAACUGUAUUGGUCAUUGGUGGAGGAGGAAGGGAACAUGCUCUUUGUUAUGCCUUGGAACGCUCUCCAUCUUGUGAUGCAAUUUUCUGUGCUCCUGGUAAUUCUGGCAUUGCUGAGUCUGGAGAUGCCACAUGUAUACCGGACCUGGACAUAACAAAUAGUGAAAAUGUCAUCUCAUUCUGUCAUAAUUGGGGUGUUGGAUUAGUUGUAGUUGGACCUGAAGCACCUCUUGUUGCUGGUCUUGCAAAUGACCUUGUCAAAGCUGGAAUUCCUACUUUUGGUCCUUCAUCAGAGGCUGCGGCAUUAGAAGGAUCAAAGGAUUUCAUGAAGAAACUAUGUCAUAAGUACAACAUUCCCACAGCAAAGUAUCAAACAUUCACAAACCCUGCUGAUGCUAAACAGUAUGUAAAGGAUCAAGGAGCCCCCAUAGUUGUUAAAGCCGAUGGAUUGGCUGCUGGGAAGGGUGUAGUUGUUGCUAUGACUUUAGAUGAGGCAUUUGAAGCCAUAGACACUAUGCUUAUUGAAGGCUCUUUUGGUUCUGCUGGAUCACGUGUCAUCAUUGAAGAAUUUUUAGAGGGAGAAGAAGCUUCUUUCUUUGCAUUAGUAGAUGGAGAAACUGCUUUGCCUCUUGAAUCGGCCCAGGACCAUAAAAGAGUUGGUGAUGGUGAUGUUGGUCCAAAUACAGGUGGUAUGGGUGCAUACUCCCCAGCUCCAAUUAUGACAGAAGAACUGAAGAAAAAAGUAAUGGAAAGUAUAAUCCUCCCUACUGUUAAAGGUAUGGCAGCUGAAGGAUGUAAAUUUGUUGGUGUGUUAUAUGCUGGGCUUAUGAUUGAGAAGAAGUCUGGGCUUCCUAAGCUUAUUGAAUAUAAUGUACGAUUUGGAGAUCCAGAAUGCCAGGUUCUGAUGAUGAGGUUAGAGUCUGACUUGGCGCAGGUUCUGCUUGCUGCUUGUCGGGGAGAACUAGGCAAGGUUUCGCUAACCUGGUCGCCUGAGUUGGCAACAGUUGUUGUGAUGGCAAGUGAAGGCUAUCCUGGGCCUUACAAGAAGGGGACUGUAAUAAAAAAUAUUGAUGAAGCCGAGCAGGUUUCUCCUGCAGUAAAGAUAUUCCAUGCAGGAACAGCCUUUGAUACAGAUGGAAACUUUGUGGCGGCUGGAGGCCGUGUGCUCGGUGUUACUGCAAAGGGCAAGGACAUUGAGGAAGCAAGGGCUAAAGCGUAUGAUGCACUUGACGUUGUUGACUGGCCAGAAGGAUUCUACAGGCAUGACAUUGGUUGGAGGGCGCUCAAACAUCGGCAUUUGGCUGAACACUGA